UUUUACUUUAAAAUUUACUUUUUGAGCCAAAAAUAAUGCGAUAGGUUCUCUUCAAUUCUCUCCCCACCUCAGUAAACACUCUCUCCGCAUUAAAGAAACAAAUAGCAGCAAAAACCCUCGCCCAUUGUUUUAGUAUCACACUUUCUCUGCAAAAACAACGGGAAAGGUAAAAGCAGAAGUUGCUCUGCGAGUUAAUGGCAUCCAAGCUACAGCAAUUGCAAGCCAAGGCUUGCCAAGCCUCAAAUUUUAUGGCAAAGCAUGGAACUGCUUACUACAAGCAGUUGUUGGAGCAGAAUAAACAAUACAUUCAAGAGCCACCUACUGUGGAGAAGUGUAAUGAAUUGGCGAAACAGCUCUUCUACACCCGUCUUGCCAGCAUUCCUGGUCGUACUGAGGCAUUUUGGAAGGAACUUGAUUAUGUGAAGAACAUGUGGAAGCACAGACAGGAGCUUAAGGUUGAGGAUGCCGGUAUUGCUGCUUUGUUUGGCCUCGAGUGCUUCGCAUGGUUUUGUGCUGGUGAGAUUGUUGGAAGGGGAUUUACCAUCACAGGCUACUACCCUUGAAAACCACGAGUUGGGUAAAAUUUGUUUAGGAAAAUUAACAUUCCUAAUCACCACCCAUCGAGGUAAUUUCAAGAUUUUGUUUUCCUAUAAAUGUUUAUAAAGGUGAGAAAUCGGUUGUCGAAUUUCAUCACCGCAAUAAUUAGCAUAUUCAAGAUUUCAAGUUUACUCUUUGUGAGUGAUUUAGGUUAUUGAACUUUGUAAUACAAUUUUCAUUCCAGUUAAAAUGAUGCUAGUUCCAGGAUAUUCACACAUUUUUUCUUGCACUAAUAUUACUCUCUCCGUCCCCAUUUAUAUA